CGUGCGCCGGCGAGCAAAUCGUAUAUGUCAGAUUCGUGGCAGAGGGGUCAGCGCGAGGGAAAGAACGACACGAAAUCGAACGUUUUCUGGGCUUAGCGGGAACGUGAGAUACGCACACACAAGCAGGCAGGAUGAACGACAUGGAGGCCUACGGGGAUGGAUACAUGGCACCCGAGGAAGAAUGGGAGAGGGAGGGUCUCUUGGAUCCCGCUUGGGAGAAGCAGCAAAAAAAGACAUUCACAGCUUGGUGCAACUCGCAUCUACGCAAAGCAGGCACUGCCAUCGAAUCGAUCGAAGACGAUUUCAGGAAUGGGUUGAAACUGAUGUUACUGCUUGAGGUCAUCUCAGGUGAGACUCUUCCGAGACCCGACAGAGGCAAAAUGAGGUUCCACAAGAUUGCCAAUGUGAACAAGGCCCUCGAUUAUAUCGCUAGUAAGGGCGUUAAACUGGUUUCAAUUGGUGCAGAAGAAAUCGUUGACGGCAAUCUAAAGAUGACUUUGGGAAUGAUAUGGACCAUUAUCUUGAGAUUCGCAAUCCAGGAUAUUUCUGUAGAGGAGAUGACCGCGAAGGAAGGACUGUUACUUUGGUGCCAACGCAAAACGGCACCGUACAAGAAUGUCAACGUUCAAAACUUCCAUUUGUCCUUCAAGGACGGUCUCGCAUUCUGCGCUCUUAUUCAUCGUCAUCGGCCCGAUUUGAUCGACUACAAUAAACUCAGCAAAGAUAACCCCCUGGAGAACUUGAACACUGCCUUCGAUGUCGCUGAAAAGUAUCUCGACAUUCCUCGCAUGUUAGAUCCCGAUGAUUUGAUCAACACUCCCAAGCCGGAUGAGCGAGCUAUCAUGACGUAUGUGUCCUGCUACUACCACGCGUUCCAAGGUGCCCAGCAGGUCAAUAUGCGAAAUACGGCAAUGCCUGAUGAGAGAGCUGUGAUGACCUAUGUUUCCUCAUACUACCACUGUUUUAGCGGUGCUCAAAAGGCAGAGACAGCGGCUAACAGAAUCUGCAAGGUACUGAAGGUGAACCAAGAGAACGAGCGUCUCAUGGAGGAAUACGAGCGCUUGGCUUCCGAUUUACUCGAAUGGAUACGACGAACGCUACCAUGGCUCGCGAAUCGACAAACUGAUAAUUCCCUCGCCGGUUGUCAGAAGAAACUAGAGGAGUACAGGACAUAUCGGCGCAAACAUAAGCCGCCGCGUGUCGAACAGAAAGCCAAGCUGGAAACGAAUUUCAAUACUCUUCAGACCAAACUGAGGCUGAGCAACAGACCGGCGUAUAUGCCCACAGAAGGAAAAAUGGUGUCCGACAUAAAUAAAGCAUGGAGAAAUUUGGAGUUGGCCGAAAAGACGUUCGAGGAUUGGUUAUUAUCCGAAAUGAUGCGUCUGGAGCGACUGGAACAUUUGGCGCAAAAAUUCAAGCACAAGGCAGAUGCUCAUGAGGAUUGGACCGCCGGCAAAGAAGAGAUGCUUACGUCUCAACAUUUCCGGCAAUGCAAAUUAAACGAACUUAAGGCCCUGAAAAAGAAACACGAAGCUUUCGAAUCAGACCUCGCUGCUCAUCAGGAUCGCGUAGAACAGAUCGCGGCUAUUGCUCAAGAACUUAACACCCUCGAGUAUCACGAUAGCGCAUCUGUGAACGCCAGAUGCCAACGCAUUUGCGAUCAAUGGGAUCGCUUGGGUACGCUCACUCAACGUAGACGUCAAGCUCUCGAUGAAGCCGAGAAAAUACUGGAGAAGAUAGACGUCUUACAUCUGGAAUUUGCCAAGCGCGCUGCUCCAUUCAACAAUUGGUUGGAUGGAACUAGAGAAGAUCUAGUGGACAUGUUUAUCGUCCAUACAAUGGAGGAGAUCCAAGGUCUGAUGGAUGCGCACGCUGCAUUCAAAGCUACGCUAGGCGAAGCAGAUAAAGAGUACAAUUCAAUUGUGGGAUUGGUGCGCGAAGUCGAAUCCAUAGUCAAGCAAUACCAGAUUCCUGGCGGCCUAGAGAAUCCUUACACUACUCUCACUGCAAUGGACCUUACUAAGAAAUGGAGCGACGUUAGACAAUUAGUCCCUCAACGCGAUGGUACCCUAGCAGCUGAACUUCGCAAACAACAAAAUAAUGAACUGCUUAGACGACAAUUCGCUGAAAAAGCCAAUGUUGUUGGACCAUGGAUAGAACGUCAGUUAGAUGCCGUAACUGCGAUUGGUCUCGGUCUUCAGGGAACUCUCGAGGAUCAGUUACAUCGUCUGAAAGAGUACGAACAGGCUGUAUAUCAAUACAAGACUCAUCUUGAAGAAUUGGAGAAGAUUCAUCAAGCGGUUCAGGAAGGUAUGAUCUUCGAGAACCGGUACACUCAGUAUACCAUGGAAACGCUGCGCGUUGGUUGGGAACAGCUUCUGACAUCGAUCAAUCGCAACGUUAAUGAAGUCGAAAAUCAAAUUCUCACCAGAGAUUCAAAGGGUAUCACUCAAGAGCAGUUGAAUGAAUUCCGCAGCAGUUUCAACCAUUUCGACAAAAACAGGACAGGUCGAUUGGCACCGGACGAAUUUAAAUCUUGCCUUGUAUCUCUGGGGUACUCUAUUGGAAAGGACAGACAGGGCGAUAUCGACUUCCAACGAAUUCUGGCCAUUGUCGAUCCUAAUAAUUCAGGCUAUGUGCACUUUGACGCUUUCCUCGAUUUUAUGACACGUGAGUCUACUGAUACUGAUACAGCGGAGCAGGUCAUCGACAGUUUCCGCAUUCUCGCUGGCGACAAGCCUUACAUCUUGCCAGAUGAAUUGCGGCGAGAAUUACCACCGGAUCAGGCGGAAUAUUGCAUUCAGCGAAUGCCUCCAUACAAAGGACCGAGCGCUGUGCCUGGAGCAUUAGACUAUCGCUCUUUCUCAACAGCUCUAUAUGGUGAAUCUGAUUUGUAAAUUUACGUAAUAUUCGAUGCGGAAUAAUAU